AUGGUCCAGGCAGAUCUUUCCAGGAUAGAUGCGCCAGAAAAGAUUGUCGUGGCCACCCUCGAAGCUUUUGGAGAUGAAAUCGACAUUCUCGUGAACAAUGCGGGAGUCCUCACAGCGAAGCCGGUAGCAGAAACGACGGCCGAAGACUACGCAGCUAUAUUCGACGUCAACGUACGAGCACCACUGCUCAUGACCAAAGCAGUCGUGCCCCAUCUUCGAGCUCCAGGACGCAUCAUCAACAUGUCGAGCGUAGGAGCUCGGAUGGGGCCUCCACAGUUUGCACUGUAUGCUGCCUCCAAGGGCGCGAUUGAGGGCAUGACACGAAGCUUAGCUCAGGAGCUGGGCGAUGCAGGACACACAGUCAACGCCGUCGCUCCGGGUCCUACACAGUCAGAGAUGCUAGAUGACGUGCCCAAGGACAUUGUCGAGAAUCAGCUCAAAACGACGGCAGUAGAACACCGUAUUGGUACUGUGGACGAUGUGGCGAGGGUAGUUGCCUGGCUGGCUAGCGAGGAUGCGCGAUGGAUAUCGGGCCAGUGCAUUUCCGCCUCUGGAGGUUUCUUGAUGAUCUGA